AUUACAAUCAUACCCUUCCCCUCACAAAAGAUUCUUGUAUAUCUGGACAUUUUUGGCAUUUUUUUUUUUCACGAUUCAGAGUUCUAUUCCUUAAAAUUUUGAACUCUUAUCGCUGCAAAAAGCUCAAAAGACAAAUCACACACACAGGUGCUAACACAAGACAUAAUAUCGAGCAAUGGAGUGUCUUACUGGUAUCUUUAGCAACCCGUUUGCUCAGUGUCUCAUCGCUCCUGUGAAAGAACACCUUUGCCUUCUGAUUUUCUAUACACAAUAUGUAGGGGAUAUGCUUACUGCAAUGACGGAGUUGAAUGCUGCAAAAGACAUUGUUGAAGAGCGGAAGAAUCAAAACGUAGAAAAAUGUUUUGAGGCUCCAAACCAUGUCAACCGUUGGUUGGAAGAUGUUCAAACAAUCAACAGAAAAGUGGAAUGUGUUCUUAACGAUAAUUGCAAUUGGUUCAAUCUAUGUAAUAGGUACACGCUCGCAGUGAAAGCCUUGGAGAUAACUCAGGAGAUCGAUCAUGCCAUGAAACAACUCUCUCAGAUAGAAUGGACUGAUGAUUCAGUUCCUUUGGGAAGAAAUGAUUCCACAAAGGCAUCCACCUCUACACCAUCAAGUGAUUACAAUGACUUCGAGUCAAGAGAACACACUUUUAGGAAAGCACUUGAAGCACUUGGAUCCAACCACACAUCCCACAUGGUAGCCUUAUGGGGGAUGGGUGGAGUGGGGAAGACCACGAUGAUGAAGAGGCUGAAAAAGAUUAUUAAAGAAAAGAGGACGUUUCAUUAUAUUGUUUUGGUGGUUAUAAAGGAAAAUAUGGAUCUCAUUUCCAUCCAGGAUGCUGUAGCAGAUUACCUGGAUAUGAAGCUAAUAGAAAGCAAUGAAUCAGAAAGAGCCGAUAAACUUCGUGAAGGGUUUCAGGCGAAAUCAGAUGGAGGUAAGAAUAGGUUCCUCAUAAUACUGGAUGAUGUAUGGCAAUCUGUUGAUAUGGAAGAUAUUGGUUUAAGUCCUUUUCCGAAUCAAGGUGUCGACUUCAAGGUCUUGUUGACCUCGGAAAACAAAGAUGUUUGUGCAAAAAUGGGAGUUGAAGCUAAUUUAAUUUUCGACGUGAAAUUCUUAACAGAAGAAGAAGCACAAAGUUUGUUUUAUCAAUUUGUAAAAGUUUCUGAUCCCCACCUUGAUAAGAUUGGAAAAGCUAUUGUAAGAAAGUGUGGAGGUCUACCCAUUGCCAUCAAAACCAUAGCCAAUACUCUUAAAAGUAGAAACAAGGAUGUAUGGAAGGAUGCACUUUCUCGUAUAGAGCAUCAUGACAUUGAGACAAUUGCACAUGUUGUUUUUCAAAUGAGCUACGACAAUCUCCAAAACGAAGAAGCUCAAUCCAUUUUUUUGCUUUGUGGAUUGUUUCCUGAAGACUUUGAUAUUCCUACUGAGGAAUUGGUGAGGUAUGGAUGGGGCUUGAGAGUAUUUAAUGGAGUGUAUACUAUAGGAGAAGCAAGACACAGGUUGAAUGCCUACAUCGAGCUGCUCAAGGAUUCAAAUUUGUUGAUUGAAAGUGAUGAUGUUCACUGCGUCAAGAUGCAUGAUUUGGUUCGUGCUUUUGUUUUGGAUACGUUUAAUAGAUUCGAGCAUUCGUUGAUCGUCAACCAUGGUAAUGGUGGUAUGUUAGGGUGGCCUGAAAAUGAUAUGAGUGCCUCAUCUUGCAAAAGAAUUUCAUUAAUAUGCAAGGGCAUGUCCGAUUUUCCUAGAGACGUAAAGUUUCCAAAUCUCUUGAUUUUGAAACUUAUGCAUGGAGAUAAGUCUUUGAAGUUUCCUCAAGACUUUUAUGGAGAAAUGAAGAAGCUUCAGGUUAUAUCAUAUGAUCACAUGAAGUAUCCCUUGCUUCCAACAUCACCUCAAUGCUCCACCAACCUUCGUGUGCUUCAUCUUCAUCAAUGCUCAUUGAUGUUUGAUUGCUCUUCUAUUGGAAAUCUGUUGAAUCUGGAAGUGCUCAGCUUUGCUAAUUCUGGUAUUGAGUGGUUGCCUUCCACAAUCGGAAAUUUGAAGGAGCUAAGGGUACUAGAUUUGACAAAUUGUGAUGGUCUUCGUAUAGAUAAUGGUGUCCUAAAGAAAUUGGUGAAACUUGAAGAGCUUUAUAUGAGAGUUGGUGGUCGAUAUCAAAAGGCCAUUAGCUUCACUGAUGAAAACUGCAAUGAAAUGGCAGAGCGUUCAAAAAAUCUUUCUGCAUUAGAAUUUGAGUUCUUCAAAAACAAUGCUCAACCAAAGAAUAUGUCAUUUGAGAAUCUUGAACGAUUCAAGAUCUCAGUGGGAUGUUAUUUUAAGGGAGAUUUCGGUAAGAUCUUUCACUCUUUUGAAAACACGUUGCGGUUGGUCACCAACAGAACUGAAGUUCUUGAAUCUAGGCUUAAUGAGUUGUUUGAGAAAACAGAUGUUCUUUAUUUAAGUGUGGGAGAUAUGAAUGAUCUUGAAGAUGUUGAGGUAAAGUUGGCACAUCUUCCUAAAUCCUCUUCCUUCCACAAUUUAAGAGUCCUUAUCAUUUCUGAGUGUAUAGAGUUGAGAUACCUUUUCACACUUGAUGUUGCAAACACUUUGUCAAAGCUUGAGCAUCUUCAAGUUUACGAAUGCGAUAAUAUGGAAGAAAUCAUACAUACAGAGGGUAGAGGAGAAGUGACAAUUACAUUCCCAAAGCUGAAGUUUUUAUCAUUGUGUGGGCUACCAAAUCUGUUGGGUUUGUGUGGUAAUGUGCACAUAAUUAAUCUACCACAACUCACAGAGUUGAAACUUAAUGGCAUUCCAGGUUUCACAAGCAUAUAUCCUGAAAAAGAUGUUGAAACAUCUAGUUUGUUGAAUAAAGAGGUUGUAAUCCCUAAUUUGGAGAAACUUGAUAUUAGUUAUAUGAAGGAUUUGAAAGAGAUAUGGCCUUGUGAAUUAGGGAUGAGUCAGGAAGUUGAUGUUUCUACGUUGAGAGUGAUUAAAGUAAGCAGUUGUGAUAAUCUUGUGAAUCUAUUCCCGUGCAAUCCUAUGCCAUUGAUACAUCACCUUGAAGAGCUUCAAGUGAUAUUUUGUGGUUCCAUUGAAGUGUUAUUCAACAUUGAGUUGGAUUCUAUUGGUCAAAUUGGAGAAGGCAUCAACAAUAGCAGCUUGAGAAUCAUCCAAUUGCAGAACUUAGGGAAGCUAAGUGAGGUGUGGAGGAUAAAAGGUGCGGAUAACUCUAGUCUCCUCAUCAGUGGCUUUCAAGGUGUUGAAAGCAUUAUCAUUAACAAAUGCAAGAGGUUUAGAAAUGUAUUCACACCUACCAGCACCAAUUUUGAUAUGGGGGCACUUAUGGAGAUUCGGAUACAAGAUUGUGGAGAAAAGAGGAGAGAGAAUGAAUUGGUAGAGAGUAGCCAAGAGCAAGAGCAGAUUGAUAUUGCAAUCCCAUUCACUCUCACACACUCUUUUCAAAACCUCCGUAAACUUGCUUUGGAAAAGUAUGAAGGAGUGGAGGUGGUGUUUGAGAUAGAGAGUCCAACAAGUAGAGAAUUGGUAACAAUUCACCAUAAUCAACAACCACUACUUCCCAACCUUGAGUUAUUGGAUAUAAGUUUUAUGGACAGCAUGAGUCAUGUAUGGAAGUGCAACUGGAAUAAAUUCUUCAUUCUUCAAAAACAACAGUCAGAAUCCCCUUUCUGUAAUCUCACAACCAUACAUGUUCAAUAUUGCCAAAGCAUUAAGUACUUGUUUUCAACUCUCAUGGCAAAACUUCUUUCCAACCUAAAGAAGGUCGAGGUAAGAGAGUGUCAUGGUAUUGAAGAAGUUGUUUCGAACAGAGAUGAUGAAGAUGAGGAAAAGACUACAUUUACAUCUACAUCUUCUGAAAAAAGCACUAAUUUGUUCCCUCGUCUUGAAUCUCUCGCUCUUUAUCAACUUCCAAAUCUCAAGUGUAUUGGUGGUGGUGGUUCUGCCAACAGUGGGAACAAUGAAAUAUCUCUUGAUAAUUCCACUACUACUUCUUUUGUUGAUCAAUCUAAGUUUUAUCAGGCAGGUGGCAUUUUUUGGACGUUAUGCCAAUACUCCAGAGAGAUAAAUAUAAGGGAGUGUUAUGCAUUAUCAAGUGUAAUUCCAUGUUAUGCAGCAGGACAGAUGCAAAAGGUUCAAGUGCUGAAUAUAUACAGGUGCAACUCAAUGAAGGAGUUAUUUGAAACUCAAGGGAUGAACAACAACAUUGGUGACAGUGGUUGUGAUGAAGGAAAUGGUUGUAUACCAGCAAUUUCAAGACUAAAUAACGUUAUUAUGCUACCCAAUCUAAAGAUAUUGAAGAUUGAAGAUUGUGGUAAUCUGGAACAUGUAUUCACAUUCUCCGCACUUGAAAGCCUGAAACAACUCGAAGAGUUAACGAUAGAGAAAUGCAAGGCAAUGAAAGUGAUAGUGAAGGAAGAGGAUGAAUAUGGAGAGCAAACAACAAAGGCAUCUUCAAAGGAGGUUGUGGUCUUUCCUCGUCUCAAGUCCAUUGAACUGGAAAAUCUACAAGAGCUCAUGGGUUUCUACUUAGGGAAGAAUGAGAUUCAGUGGCCUUCAUUGGAUAAGGUUAUGAUCAAGAAUUGCCCAGAAAUGAUGGUGUUUGCACCUGGUGAGUCCACAGCUCCCAAGCGCAAGUAUAUAAAUACAAGCUUUGGCAUAUAUGGGAUGGAGGAGGUACUUGAAACUCAAGGGAUGCACAACAAUAAUGAUGACAAUUGUUGUGAUGAUGGAAAUGGUGGAAUUCCAAGACUAAAUAACGUUAUUAUGUUUCCAAAUAUAAAGAUAUUGCAAAUCAGCAAUUGUGGCAGUUUGGAACAUAUAUUCACAUUCUCUGCACUUGAAAGCCUGAUACAGCUCAAAGAGUUAACAAUAGCGGAUUGCAAGGCAAUGAAAGUGAUUGUGAAGGAGGAAUAUGAUGUAGAGCAAACAAGGGCAUCGAAGGCUGUGGUCUUUUCUUGUCUAAAGUCCAUUACACUAUGCCAUCUACCAGAGUUGGUGGGUUUCUUCUUGGGGAAGAAUGAGUUCUGGUGGCCUUCAUUGGAUAAGGUUACCAUCAUAGAUUGCCCACAAAUGAUGGUGUUCACACCUGGUGGGUCAACAACUCCCCACCUCAAGUACAUACACUCAAGCUUAGGCAAACAUACUCUUGAAUGUGGCCUUAAUUUUCAAGUCACAACUACUGCAUAUCAUCAGACCCCAUUCCUGAGUUUGUGCCCUGCUACUUCAGAAGGGAUGCCUUGGUCCUUUCAUAAUUUGAUCGAAGUAUCUUUGAUGUUUAAUGAUGUUGAGAAGAUUAUUCCAUCCAAUGAGUUGCUAAAUCUGCAAAAGCUGGAAAAGGUUCAUGUAAGGCAUUGUAAUGGGGUAGAGGAGGUAUUUGAAGCAUUGGAGGAAGGGACAAAUAGUAGUAUUGGUUUUGAUGAAUUGUCACAAACUACUACUCUUGUCAAACUUCCAAACCUAACACAAGUGGAGUUAGAGUAUCUAGAUUGUCUGAGGUAUAUAUGGAAGACCAAUCAGUGGACAGCAUUCGAGUUUCCAAACCUAACAACAGUCACUAUCAGAGAAUGUCAUGGGUUAGAACAUGUAUUUACUAGUUCCAUGGUUGGUAGUCUGUUGCAACUCCAAGAGCUACAUAUAUAUAACUGCAAAUAUAUGGAGGAGGUAAUCGCCAGGGAUGCAGAUGUUGUAGAAGAAGAAGAAGAAGAUGAUGAUCAUGACAAAAGGAAAGACAUCACAUUACCUUUUCUAAAAACUGUAACACUUGCUAGCCUUCCCCGUCUUAAGGGGUUUUGGUUAGGGAAGGAGGAUUUUUCAUUCCCAUUAUUGGAUACUUUAAGUAUUGAGGAAUGCCCAGCAAUAAUGACUUUCACCAAGGGCAAUUCUGCUACUCCUAAGCUAAAAGAAAUAGAAAAGGGGAAGAUAUCAACUCCAUUAUAAAGAUCAAAUAAGAGGCAGAAUUCAAUAGAAGAUACUGACUAAUAAUAUAUUUUCAUGUUAUAAUUGUUGUCAUUGUUGUCUGCAACCAUUUUUUCUCGUUAUGCAUCAGGGCCUUCAGUUUAUGUAUUUCAGAUAUGUUAUUCAUGAUUAUGUGAAUUCUUGUGCUAGAUUACAGGGUUUUAGAUGUUGUAGUAGUAUCAUAAAUAUUUGGCUCGUUAGUCAAACAUCUUUUUCCGAACAAUUUUUCUUGUAUGGCACUAGUUAUACCAAGAAGUUAUGGCAUCUGGUAUUGAUUUCAUAACCCAAAAGUGCUGUAAAUAUUUUAUACCGGAAGGAUGAGAUUUUGGAAAAGUCUUUUAAUGGCAAAUACAUGGAUAAAGAUUAAGGAUCAGGGUUAGUUUAGGAAACCUUGGGAAUAAGUUGGUCAUUAGGGUUAGGGAUUAAGGAGGCAAAGGUUGAGUUCAGAAAUGCUGGG